AUGGCCCCAGAUACCCUUCUCGUAGCCAUAGCGGUGGCAGCGGCCGCUGCGGCCGCACGUUUCUUCGCACUCCCGUUGUUGAGGAAGAAGACGACCCAGAUCGGCCGUGGAGAAAGCUUCAGGCCGCCGCCAUCCCCUCCCGGUCUUCCUAUUUUGGGGAAUCUCCUCGCUUUGGGAACCUUACCACAUCAGACCCUCCGGAAACUGGCGGAGGCGUACGGGACCGUCAUGGGCAUCAAGCUCGGCUUCGUCCGAGUGGUGAUGGUAUCGUCCUUCGCUGCUGCGCAGAAGUUCCUCAGGGAGCCUGCCUUCACGAACCGACCCGGGGGCGACGUCACCGUUUACCUCACCUAUGGGCAGCAGAAGGGGGUCCUCGCCUCCGAAUACGGGGAUACCUGGCGCGAAUCCCGGAACCUCUGCCUAUCCCAUAUGCUCUCCACCCGCAAGAUCCAAGCCUUCCGGGGCGUGAGGAACGAGAAGAUUCAGCGGCUCUUGGGCUCCCUGAAGAAGGCUGCCGAGGGAAGCCACAAACCGGUCGAUCUCAGCGAAGCCUUAGCCUCGAUGUCCAUGGCCAUUGUGUGCCGUAUUCUGUUCGGGAAGGUACAUGGCGACGAAGCCACAAUACAGAAGACGGUCAGAGAAGCUACCCAGUUAGCCGGGGUAUUCAACAUCAACGACUACCUCCCUUUUAUCGGAUUCCUCGACUUGAACGGAGUUCGGAGACGAAUGAAGGCCGUCAGAAGGGUCUACGAUAGCCUCUUCGAGGAGGUCAUCGACAAGUACUGUCGGAGUCUGAACGAAGGGGUGAAGGUUGAGGACUCCGUGAUCGCCUCGAUCCUCUCUUCGAUGGGAACGCAGUAUGAUCGGGUUAACCUCAAGGCCAUCCUCAUGGUGAGACAACGACAAGAAAAGAAAUCAGAUUAUACUACUGUGAGUAUUAUUAUUUUUUAUCUCGCCUUGUUUUUCUUUCCUAUUAGGACACGAUCACCGCGGGAUCGGACUCAUCGGCAAUCACGGUGGAGUGGACGCUGUCGGAGCUCCUGACGCACCCCCGGGUGAUGAGGAAGCUGCAGCAAGAGCUGGAGGAGGCCGUCGGCAUGGACAGGAUGGUUGAGGAGGAAGACCUCCCGAAGCUGCCCUACCUGGAGAUGGUGAUCAAGGAAAGCAUGCGGCUGCACCCGGUAAUCCCCCUAAUCCCCAGGCAGGCACGGGAGGACUGUGUCAUUGGCGGCUUCCAGUUUGAAAAAGGAAGCCAAGUGGUUGUGAACCUCUGGGCCAUGGGAAGGGAUCCGAAUGAAUGGGUCAACCCGGACGCAUUCUACCCAGAGAGGUUCGAGGGGAGCAGCGGCGGGGCUGAGGAUCGUGAUGGCCUCGAGCCUGGCUUCCUCCCCUUCGGAGCCGGAAACCGGAGGUGCCCCGGCAUGCAGAUGGGCCUGACGACGGUGCGGUUUGUCGUAGCCCAACUGGUGCACUGCUUCGACUGGGAGCUCCCCGGCGAGUUGGACAUGUCGGAGAAAUUCGGGUUAAGCUUGGCGAGAGCCAAAAACCUGCUCGCCGUCCCUACUUACCGCCUGCGACCAGGGUCUUAG